AUGAGAACUGCUACUGUUUUUGCUCUAAUUAUUUCUGUUUUGCUUUGCUUUUUGACACGCGUUUUUGGUGGUCCGAUUCGAAAAGAGGUUGGUUUAUUAAUUAGCUGUUCUUAAUUAGUUAAUUAAUUAGCGAUUAAUUAUUCCAGAGUUCCGACUCGAAUAUUGGAGCCUCUGAAAAGAUUGUACUUUCGAUUGUGGGAAUGAUUGUUAUGGGAAUCACUUGCAAUUCUUUGUGUUGUAUAUGUAUUAUGCUUUUGAGAGAUUUUGGCCCCCGUGAGAGAGAUUGA